ACCUGUAAAACCUCUCUCUCUCUCACAUAUCCUACGCACCGCCUCUUAUCCUACGCACUCUCUCUCUCUCUCUGAGAGAAAAACCCCUGGAAAUCUUACCAUCUGAUCCGACUCCGAGGGGCAAAACCGUAAAUUUUCCCGCACCUCCGAGGGUUUUUCGGAGAGAAUGCCGAUCUUCCGCUUUCUGCUCUUCCUCUCUCUCCUUCACUCAUCUCUCGUUUCCUGCCAGAGAUCCUCCAACUCCAGCUGGCUCACGUUAAAAGGUGGUGCUCCUGUAGUAAUAGCUAAGGGCGGCUUUUCUGGGGUUUUUCCUGAUUCCAGUCCAAAUGCUUACCAAUUUGCAUCGAUAACUACUCCCAAUGCAAUUUUCUGGUGUGAUGUACAAUUAACUAAAGAUGGUAUUGGAAUCUGUGCACCAGAUAUAAAGCUGGAUAAUUGUACCGACAUCUCUUCAGUGUAUAAUGAUAAAAAGACCUACUCUGUCAACGGGGUGCCUGUGGAUGGGUGGUUUUCUGUGGACUAUGACCUGAAGGACUUGCAGCAGAAUGUCUUCUUGAUUCAAGGAAUUUAUUCUCGAAGUCCACGAUUUGACACUGGUCCUAACACUAUCUGUACAGUUGAAGAAGUAAUAGCACAAGUACAGCCAAGAAGACCAGCCUACUGGUUGAAUAUUCAGCAUGAUAUGUUCUUCAGCCAAUUUAAUUUGAGCAUGAGAAGCUAUGUGAUUAGUGUGUCAAAAAGCAUUGUAGUAAACUACAUCUCAUCCCCCGAAGUGGGUUUCCUACGCAGUAUUGUUGCAAGAUUUAAAGGAAGCCCGACAAAAUUUGUUUUCCGCUUUCUGGGGGCAGACAUAACGGAGCCGUCGACCAACCAAACCUAUGGUUCACUCUUGAAGAAUCUUACAUUCAUCAAGACAUUUGCCUCUGGAAUUCUUGUUCCCAAGAAUUACAUAUGGCCUUUAGAUAAUGGCUAUCUAUUGCCGCACACCUCUGUUGUCUUGGAUGCUCAUAGAGAAGGGCUGGAGGUUUUUGCUUCAGGUUUUGCAAAUGAUGGUCCCUUUGGUUACAAUUUCAGUUAUGAUCCACUGGCUGAGUCUUUAGCUUUCAUUGACAAUGGCGACUUCUCUGUUGAUGGCAUACUGUCAGACUUUCCUAUUACUCCAUCAGGGGCUAUUGAUUGCUUUUCUCAUCUUAACAAGAAUGCUUCUAAGUCGGGAGGGAAACCAGUAAUAAUAUCACACAAUGGAGCUAGUGGAUUCUAUCCUGGUUCUACUGAUCUGGCUUAUCAGAAAGCCGUCGCUGAUGGUGCAGACUACAUUGAUUGUUCUGUUCAAAUGACAAAUGAUGGGGUUCUUGUCUGCUUAAACGACAUAAAUCUUGUCGAUGGCACAAAUGUUGUUCAGUCGCCCUUUAAUUCUCGGAUAGUUAAGUUUCCAGAAAUUUCAGGAGCUUCCGGGAUAUUUACCUUCAAUCUCACAUGGGAGGAGAUUCAAACACUGAAACCGGCAAUAUCAAAUCCAUUCUUGGAUUAUAACCUGCAGCGGAACCCAGCUUAUGCAGAUGCAGGAAAGUUCAUGACAUUUUCUGAUUUUUUGGCCUUCGCAAGGAAGCAACAAGUUGCUGGAAUCUUGAUCAGCAUAGAGCAUGCAGCCUUCCUUGUGGAGCAGGGUCUUCCUGUUAUUGAUGAAGUCCUCAAAGCCUUGAGCAAUGCAAGUUACGACAAUCAGACAGCUCCGGAUGUCAUGAUCCGGUCCACCGACAGCUCCGUUCUUGAAAAUAUCAAGCAGCAAAGCAAGUACAAGUGCGUGUACAAAGUGGACGAAAGCAUCCAGGAUGCCCUCAACUCAUCAAUCGAGGAAAUCAAGAGAUUCGCAGAUCAUGUCUCCAUCGACAGGGACUCUGUGUUUCCCCUAAACUUGAACUUCCUAACUAUUGCCACCAACAUUAUACCAAAGCUCAAGGCAUUUAACCUCACUGUGCACGUGUAUCUAUUUCGAAAUGAGUUUGUAUCCCAAGCAUGGGACUACUUCUCGGAUGCAACGGUGGAGAUCAACUCAUUUUUCCAAUCUGCUGGUUUAGAUGGAAUUAUCACUGAUUUCCCUGAGACUGCAAGCAGAUACAGAAGGACUCCUUGUUUAGAGAUGGGCAAUAAUGCGCCAACUUAUAUGAGUAUCAUCCCACCUGGUGGCCUCUUAACUGCUAUGACUCGCCAGUCGUUGCCGCCGACCCAGGCUCCGCUCCCAGUCCUGACAGACUCCGACAUAAACGAGCCGCCGUUGCCUUCGAUUUCAAGGAAAGUCCCAACCUCCGGGGGAGGAAGCAGCACACUGUCACCCACAUCCUCACCACCUCCGAGCGGGCAGUCACGCCCAUGUGCCUGUGUCAUCAUGUCGAUGGCAAUGCUCCUCGCAUCUCUCCUGCUCAUAUGAUACCAUCAAAUGAUUUCUAAUCUUUGUAUUCAUUUAUUGGCGCCUGUGGUACUCUCUUGCUCUCAUCUUUACCCUUGAGAGGUUCCGCGAAUUUUCUGUUGUGGUUACUGCUCUUGAUCCGCUACCGCUCCCCUGAUGGCUUGAUUUGUUCAUUUUCUCCCCCCCCCCCCCCAUUUUGAGAAACACGAAGUCCUGUAAUAUUUUGGACAUGCACAAGUCGGAAUAGAUUCUUUUGUAUUAUUCAUAUGUUCUGUUUGGAGACCAAAUCAGAAUAAGUAAAAUGUAUUAUCUGGGUUGUGAAUCAA